AUGCCCAGCGCACGCAGAAACAAGCCUGCGUCGUCGUCGACCACAUCCGUCCCGACUCCGGCGGCCGAAUCCACUGCCUCUUCGGCAUCGCCACCGAAAAAGUCUCGGGUCCUUCGUCGAAAGACCGACCAUUCCGUCAUCGAACGUCGACGCCGCGAAAAGAUCAACGAGAAGCUCGUCCAGCUCCAGUCUGUCGUCCCGGCCUGCCGGCGAGAAUGCCAGGACCUGUUCGAGAGGCGUUUCGACGGUGCCACCGCUACCGCUGCCGAGUCAUCGAAACGGCAAACAUCGACCGAUAAACUGGCAAAGGCCAAGGAAGACAUGCAGCACAAGAUCCGGACCAGCAUGGUCCUGGAGAAGCUCUGCAUCAUCUCGCACACCGUCGACUACGUGUUGGAAUUGCGAGCAGAACUCGAGCAGCUCAAAGGUCGAUGCAGGUCGGAGCACGGAGCAACCAGUCCGGGCACGUCGCCGGCGGACACCGAGCGCCUGCUGGGCAAGAGCAUGGCCGAUCACUACCAGGAAGCGCAUCCUCCAUCGCAGACUCAAGCAUGUGUUGGCGAGGCCGAGGUUUCGAAGCGCCGAGUAGCCCGGGGACGUUCGGCUUCGACGUCGACGGCAUCGAGCUCCACGCCUACGACGCCUCCGCAGAGCCCACGGCACGCCUGUACGCCUUCAAUUAGCAAGAUCGUCGAACUGCCGGGCGGUGGCAGGCUCCAAGACGAUCGGACCUUGUCCGCGCCCUCCUGCUCGCACGUCGCCAAAAAGGUGCGGCUGCACUGGGGAAGCGACCGGGUGCGCAGCAGUGCGGUCAAGAAUGCCCGAUGCCGCGGGUCGGACCACGGCUUCGACGAGCCCGCAGCAGCUACGGCCAAGUCGUCUGCUGCGAUCGAACGACGACGACGACGACGACGACGCCGGCUGCUGCCCCUCGACUACGACGCCGGUCCAUCCGGCGGACGCGUGCACGACGGCCCAUUGGACGCCGGCGCUGAAGCGGAAGCUCGACGCUGA